AUGACAUUGGUGAUUAUUAAAGCUCUUAAUCAUUGCCAGAUUCAACGAUUGUCAGCUGAAAUGGAGAGUGAUUAUGCAGAUCUUCUGCUGCAUAACAAGAACGGUGCAGUUGUAAAUGCUAGAAAUUCAGAACGUGUGACACCACUGCAUUUCGCAGCAGAAAUGGGAAAUGUUAACAUAGCAAAGCUGCUGAUCCAGAGCCAGGCCGCGAUUAAUGCAAAGAAUCUGGAAGGCUUCACUCCAUUGCACGUGUCUAUACAGAACAGACAAGCCGCAGUAAGUCAGUUUUUAAUAAAUAGUGGAGCAGAUGUGAAUGUGACAGAUGAAGAGGGAUGGACCCCUUUGCAUAAUGUAGCGCACAGUGGAUACCCAGCGGAAACCGCUAGACUUUUGAUUGCGAAAGGUGCUAGCGUGAAUGCGCGGGAAAAGAUUGGACGAACACCACUGCACCUUGCUGCAGCGAUUGAUUUCACCGAUGUAGUGAACAUUCUGGUCACAAACAAAGCUGAUGUUAAUGCGACUGACGACAGGAUGUGGACGCCAUUGCAUAGCGCAGCUUACGACGGGCAUUUGGAUACUACAAAAAUUCUAAUAACUGUCAGCGGUGCUAAAAUUGAUGCGAGGACUGAAAAGGAGACUACACCACUGCAUUUUGCAGCAGACUACUGGCAUGUCGAAGUAGUUAAAUACCUUUUGGCAAAAGGAGCCGAAGUUAAUGCUCGCGAUCACACAGACUGGACGGCACUUCACUUUGCAGCAGAUGAGGGACAUUUAGACGUUGUUAACGUUUUGCUUAAAAAUGGGGCCAGUAUUAAUUUGAGUAACAGUAAUGGUGUUACUCCACUACAUUAUGCAGCAAAAUUUGGCCAUCAUGGAAUAUUUUUGCCUGUUAUUUUCUCACGUUUUAUGAAAAUGGAGAGUGAAGAUGAGUUUGAUAUUGAAUUUAGUGGGUCUGAGAGUUCUGAAGAUGGCUAUGAAGAGAGUUUGGAAGAAGGAAGUGGUGAAUCAGUUUCUUCUGAAUGUGACAUUGCGAGCACCAGAGUGUGGUACGAGAUAGAUCCAUCUAAGCCACUGCCACCUGCUCCACCACGUUUUCCUUUUACAGGUGGUGGCAGUGAAGAAAUCUCGCAGCAGCUACGCCAGCUGUCGCAGCAGGUGCGUCACAGCCCCGUCACGUUCAGCGCGUGUUCCCUGUUCAGCGUGGACGGCCGGCUGCUGACGGGAUACGUGGCUGCGGUCGUCACAUACGCCAUCAUACUCACACAGUUCAACACAGGAAGCUGUUAA